AUGACACUUCGCAUUCAUCAUAUAUCCAAGAAAACACCUAUGGCGGGCGAUGGAAGAGUUACAAAGCGGUCGUCGAAUGCUUGCGUGCGAUGCCGGAGGCAAAAGAUCAAGUGCUCCGGCUCGCAGCCCUGCGACGGCUGCAGCAAGCGAAAACUUUCAUGUGUCUUCAAUGAUCGUGAUCAGAAGAUAUUAGUGACAAGAGGGUACAUCCUGGAACUGCAACAGAAGAUCGCGCGCAUUGAGCAAAGCGAGAAAGGCCAAGCCAGCCCUUUUAGCUCUAACUUUGAGACACAAAUCGCCGACCCGAAGGACGGUGAAGAUGUACCCCUGGACAGGACCGCCACGCCGGAAGACCAAGAUGGAUCCCAGGAUUUGGAGGAUCCAGAAUCUUCCUUAGCCAAUCCACUAUCAACCGGUCCGCCUGCUUUUAUGUCUGCAGCGAAUGGCCGAACGUUCUAUCUUGGGACAUCUUCCAAUUGGUCGUUCACUCGGCGAGUUCUCAGUCUGGCCCACCAACACCUCUAUCAGAACGUAUUACCAACGGAAGCUUUAUUGUUCGAUGAAACUACUUAUCAAUUAGGAUGGGACGGGCUGCGAACAACCCCGAGCCCAGAUGUGCCUGUGGUCCCAACUCGCGACCAUACAAUGUAUCUGAUUAACGCUGUACAAUUCCGAUGUGGCCAAUUGUAUCAUCUGUUUGAGGAAUCUGAUUUCAUGAGUUCUUUGGAACAAUUUUACUCUGGGGAUGGACAAGACAUGACAAACAGCCUGUGGUAUAUUCACUUUCUCCUGAUCUUGGCUUUUGGGAAAGGCUUUGUUCAACCUAAGGCCCAAGGCAGAAAGCCACCGGGUGUGGGUUAUUUCGUCAGAGCUCUGCAACUUCUACCCGACCCAAGUGCCCUAUACCGGGAUCCAAUGCUCGGAACGGAAAUCCUCUGCUGCAUCGCCUUGUAUUACCAAUGCGUCGACUACCGAACAUCAGCCCAUAAUUAUGUGAGAUUACCCAAGGAAAGAUUUGACAGUGGGAAAGUACUGACCAAAUAUUAGAUUG